CGCAAGGCGUGACACAGUCAGGAGGUAGCGCAGUAGGAAGUGCUCAUCAAGUAUAUAUGCAGCAGAAUCACCCGCAAUGGAAUCCGUUACCAAGGUUGAGGAAACUGCAGCUGUCGACCUAGACGCCUUACUGGACGCUGGGGAGGGCCCCAUGGUGACUCUCGUGGCAGGUGAGACGCGGCUGAUGGCGCGCAGGGCCGUCCUGGCAGCGAGGAGCCCCGUCUUCAGCGCAAUGUUCAGCCACGACACGCUGGAGUCCAGCAGCAAUGAGGUCACCAUAACAGACGUGGAGGGUCCGGUGCUAAGAGAGCUACUGGCCUACUGCCACACACUGAGGACUCCACAUCUGUCCAGCAUGGCUCCCCAAGUUCUGGCAGCAGCAGACAAAUACGAUUUGUUGGGAUUGAAGACAGAGUGUGAGCAACAGCUGGCUUCUCUGCUGACUGUAGAGUCAGCGGCGGCCACAGCAGUGCUCGCUGUCAGGCACACGUGCCCCAGCCUCACGAAAGUCGCCGUCGCCUUCAUAAAGGCCAACUUCCAGGUGCUGGCCACUCAGGGUUGGGCUGAUGCUGUGCACAACCAGCCCAAGGAUGUGGUCGAAGUGUGUUGGCUACUCGGGCAGCCACCAACAGAAAUCAGGCGAAAGUGGUACUGCAAUGAAUCCAAGCUUACAUACAGAAACAGAAAAAAUGGUAAACAACGUUCUUAAAAGUAGUCAUAUCAUUGACUGGCUUACAGCGAACGGUCAAACCCUCAGUGUUAAGCUUCCUAAGUGUCCAUAUUGAUGAGAACUUAAAUUAGAGUAAGCAAAUUUUGGGAAUUUUAAAGCAACCUGGUUCAGCCACUCUUGCACAUAGAAUCAUUGGAAACCAUGGGUAGCGACAAAUCUGUAAGCUGGCAUAUUUGCCAUAUUUUCAUUUUGUAAUGUCCUGUGGUUUAAUCUUCUGAGGUAACUCAUGUUUAAGAAAGAAACUCCUCGUUGCCCAAAAGUUGGCCGUAAGAAUAAUAUGUGAUGCUUACUCGCGAUCACCUAGUAAAUGUCUAUUUAAGAAGUUGGGCAUUCUGACUUCUGCUCACAGUAUCUUUAGUUCUUUGUGAAGUUUGUUGUAAAUAAUCCACUACAGUUCAAAAGUAACAAUGUUAUACAUAAUUACGGUACCAGAAGGAAAAAUCAUAUUCAAUACUCCACACUUAGUUGGUCUUU